AUGACAGCUGUCAGUAAACAUUGUACUCGGUUUUCAGGCACGGUAGACGCGCCUUCGUCUUUGCGCGUUGAGGAAAAGUCGGACGUUGAGGCUCCUCCGGUUUUCAACGAACAAACCAAAUAUCUGCCACGAAGGAGAAUCAUCGCAGUUUUCCUAGCAUGUGCGAGUAUUGACUUUACUGCUCUCUUGGAUCAAACAUCACUCGCUGCCAGUCUGUCAAUCAUCGGAAAGUCUCUUGGAGCGAGUGACCACAGCUCAUGGAUUUCUGGGGCUUAUUUUGUCACCUCUACUUCAUUUCAAUUGCUUUACGGAAGGCUCUCGGACAUCUGGUCUCGAAAACUCAUCCUCCUCAUCGGAAUCGGUAUUUUCUUCUUCGGCUCAUUGGCAUCUUCGCUUGCACGGAAUGCAAUUGAGCUCAUUGUUUUUCGUGCAUUUACUGGCGUCGGUGGAGGCGGUUUGAUGACCGUAGCGCAAUUUAUUGUCAGUGAUGUAGUACCUCUACGAGAAAGAGGGAAGUAUCAAGGGCUACUAGGUGCCUUCGUAGCUCUCGGAAACGGAGUUGGCCCAGUUAUUGGUGGUGCCUUGGCCUCACAGUCUGAACAGUCAUGGCGCUGGAUCUUUCGGCUCAAUCUUCCCUUAAGCGUGAUCAUGGUUCUUUGUGUUGUAUUCUUCAUGCCUUUGAAAAGGGUUGAGGGUGACCGGAGACUAAAACUCAAAGCCAUUGACUUCUUUGGGGCCUUCUUAGCUCUUGGUGGCUCAGCCGUUCUUGUGUUAGCUCUCACAUGGGCUAAUGGACACUACGAAUGGAGCUCUUCUCACGUAAUAGCGUCUUUUGUCGUUGGUGUCGUCGUUUGCUUCAUGUUCGUGUUGUGGCAAUGGAAAGGGACAAAGGUCCCGCUAGUACCCUUGUAUGUUUUCAAGAGCAAAGUUGUGAACGGCGCUUCGAUCACCAUGUUCAUCAAUGGCUGGAACUUCGUCACGCAAGUCUACUACGUUCCUAUGUUUUACCAGCUAGUAUACGGCUACUCCGCAACUAAGUCUGGAGCCUUGCUGCUUCCGAUAACAUUGACCCAAACCGUUGCCAGCACUUUAUCCGGUUUAAUGGUCUCAUGGACAGGGCGGUACAGAGAAAACAUUUUGUUUGGAUGGACCGUAUGGGCUAUUGGCCUCGGUCUUUUUUCAACACUCAAUGAACAUUCUGGGCUUGACAAGCAAAUCGGAUACGCUAUCUUGACAGGAAUAGGUGUUGGUAAUACGCUGCAACCUUCUCUCAUGGCUAUCCAAGCUGGAGUUGAAAGAAGAGACAUGGCUGUUGUAACUUCGUUCCGGAAUUUUAUCCGCAACCUUGGAUCAACGUUGGGUCUUGCAAUCGCCGGAACAAUAAUCAACACCUCUCUCCGGUCUAGUCUUGUUCCGCUCGGGCUCUCUCCCGCCGAUGUACGGAAUGUUUUGAAAAAUCCCGAUGGAGCAUUGAAACCUUCACAAAGCAGUAAGCAGACAAUGGCAAUCCAAAAGGCCCUAAAGACAGCCUACGAAAGCGGUUUCAGAACCCUGUUCUAUGUUAAUUCUGCUCUGGCUGCUGUGGCAUUCGUUGCUUCGUUUGCCCUCAUGCCGCAAAUUAGCUUGGUGCGAUCUGAUGACCAGAAGCUUGUAGAAGAACAACAGCAGAAGGAAGAGGCUAGGCGGGACGCAAAAUUAGGGAAAGCUUGA